AAGCUCCAUCCGACCCCGCACGGCCACGCACGGACGCAGAGAGACGCGCGGGAUGCCAGCAAACUGACGGAUAGCGGCUCGUUACAACAGAAAUUCGGCACCAUGACCAGGUCUGUGCGGGAGGAGCACGACUCCGUGGAGUCGGAGGAGCAGCAGGAGGUCGGCAGCCCCGGGAGUGAGACAGAGAGGGGAGGCAGGGGCUCAGGGGUAGGGGAGGACGACGAGGACCGACUUCACCAUCUGGAGGAGGACGACGAUGAGGAUGACGAUGAAGAAGAUGACGAGGAAGAGGAAGACGGUGAGAACAAACCGAAGAGGCGAGGGCCGAAAAAGAAGAAGAUGACGAAGGCUCGAAUGCAGAGAUUUAAGAUCCGUCGGAUGAAGGCCAACGCCCGGGAGAGAAACCGUAUGCAUGGACUCAAUGAUGCUCUGGAAAGUCUGCGGAAAGUUGUACCUUGCUACUCUAAAACCCAGAAAUUGUCCAAAAUUGAGACUCUACGGCUUGCCAAGAACUACAUCUGGGCCUUGAGUGAGAUUCUGCGCUCUGGCAAAGCACCCGACCUCAUGAGCUUCGUCCAGGCGCUCUGCAAAGGUCUGUCUCAACCAACCACAAACCUUGUGGCAGGUUGUCUGCAGCUGAACCCUCGGACCUUCCUUCCCGAGCAAACACCGGACCUCCCGGCUCACCUGCCCCCCGCUGGCGCUGCCGCCUAUCCCGGACACUUCUCCUACCAGAGCCCCGGGCUGACCGCCGGCCUGCCCAGCCCCCCUUAUGGCACCAUGGAUCCCUCUCACAUCUUCCACCAGGUCAAAGGUCAGCCCUACGGCCCUCUGGAGCCCUUCUUCGACGGCGUCCUGGUGUCGGACGGCCCGGCCUUCGACCCGCCCCUCAGCCCGCCGCUCAGCAUCAACGGGAACUUCUCCUCGUCCUUCAAGCACGAGGCCGUCGUCGCGUCCGAAUACGACAAGAGCUUCUCCUUUAGCGUCCACUACGGCGGCGGAGGGGGCGGAGGCCACGCCGCCAUCUACGGCAGCGGGGGGCCCAACCCGCGCUGCGGCGGCGAGCUCCAGGUGGAACAGCUGAUGGGAUUUGACGGACACUCGCACCACGAGCGGCUGAUGAACGCCCAGCUGAACGCCAUCUUCCACGAGUCCUGAGGGAGACGGGGACGAACCAGCGAAAGACUGACGGAGACAGAGAGACCGUUACACGGAAAGACAGGCCGUCAUGUGUACUUUCAACAUUUCAUAGAUGUCCUUGAGUCUGUCUUUGCUUUUUCUUCUUUCUGUCUGCGUCAGUAUCUGCAACUCCAUGUGACGUUGGCAUAAAAAAAACGAUGUAACCUUCUUUGUAGCGCUUCGUCCAGGAGGAAACGCUCUCUGAAUGUCUUGUUAUUAUCCAUAUUAUCAUUUUAAAAGUAAUCAAUAAUCAACGAGCAAUAAUCUGGAGAAAACUAUGCAAUUUUGUUAAAACCUGAGCAACGCUCAACUGAUAAUUCCAAAUGUUGAAAGACUAAAGAUUUGUCUAUUUUUUGGGUCAGCGUGUGAGGCGACAUUGGGCCGGCAUGGCGCCGGUCUUGGGCUGAAGUGAUCAUGUUCUGUGGUUUUUACUUUUUGCUUUUUAUAACGUUCCUGUAGCGUUAUGUUAACAUUUCAUGUGACUUGUUCAUAUUUUAUAAGAUAGAUGUUUAUAAAGGCCUUUUAUUAAAAGGAAUUUCAUGUGAUUGGACUUUGAGACUGUUUCUCUUAAACAUCACGACAACAAUAAGAAAACACUGACUUUGACCAAGUCAGCGUCUUGUAGUCCCUUCAGAAACUCUGCAUGAGUUUAUAAAGGUAUUUAUUCAUUAAACACAUCUGAAAGGAUCUAAAAUACUACAAAAAUAAAAUUAAAAACAACUCUCCACAACUAGUGUUACAGAGAAGCAAAAAUAAAGAGCAGAUAAAAUUCAUAUUAAGCAAAACAUAUCUGCAACAGAAACCAAAUAUAAUGACAAGUUAUGUUUGUUGCAUAUUC